AUGGAAAGGAAAUUUGGAUUCUUGGAGCAAACUAUAGCAAGGUACAUUGGUGGGUUGCGGCUUUCCAUCGCAGAUGCUAUUCGACUGCAACCUUAUUGGACUUUCAAUGAUGUGCGAAAACUUGCUAUCAAUUUUGAACAGCAACAAAAGGAGCCGAAAAGAUCUUACGCCAAGAAGAACUAUUCUAACCAGGGGAGUAAUAGUAGUGGUGCUGGGAAUUCCAAGAGUGAUGAGAAGAAACCUCAAGGGGAUUCAACUAGAAGAAAGUGUUUUAAGUGUCACGGUUUUGGCCAUCUACAAGCUGAUUGUCCCAAUCGAAAGCCUAUUAUGAUAGUUGAGGAAGAAGAUGGGGCUGAUCAUGAAGACAACCAAGAAUCUGAUCAAGUUGAUGAGGAACGUGAGGAUGUCGAAAUUGAAGCCGAUGAAGGUGCUUGUUUAGUUAUUAAGAGAAGCUUACAUGCUGGACAUAAAGAUGAAGAGCCAUGUCAAAGAGAAACACUUUUCCACACUAGGUGUACUUCACAUGGCAAGGUAUGUUCUGUGAUUAUUGAUGGUGGAAGUUGCACUAAUGCUGUUUCAGAAGAGAUGGUGACUAAAUUAGGUUUGAAGACGGAGAAACAUCCCAAGCCUUGCAACAUUAAGUGGUUACAAGAUGGUGGAGGUAUGAAGGUCACGAAAAGGUGUUUGGUCUCUUUUUCAAUCGGUAAAAUCUAUAUAGACCAGAUUUGGUGUGAUGUAAUGAGUAUGGAUGCUUGUCACUUAUUACUUCGCAGGCCAUGGCAAUAUGAUAGGCGUGCUUAUCAUGAUGGAUACCUUAACACCUAUUCAUUUAUUGUUGAUGGACGUAAGAUAACUUUGAAGCCAUUGCACCCAAGAGAGCUUAAUAAGAAGACCAAACCCAUGGGUGAUGCCCUAUUGACUAGAUCACAAGUUUUUGGCCACAUUAAUAAGGGAGAGCCAUUGUAUAUUGCAAUAGCUAUAGAAGACUCACAAGAGGAGGAGAAAAAGUUAGAUGCACAAGCUAAAAAGCUACUUACUAAGUUUGAUAAUGUGAUCUCUGAGGAUGUCCCAUUAGAACUUCCACCUAUGCGUGAUAUUCCACAUCAAAUUGACCUUGUACCUGGGGCUUCUUUGCCGAACAAAGCUGCUUAUAGGAUGAAUCCUACACAACAAGCUGAACUCCAAAGGCAAGUUGAAGAGUUACUAGAGAGGGGAUUAAUAAGAGAGAGCCUUAGCCCUUGUGCUGUACCCGCUUUGCUUGUUCCUAAGAAAAAUGGCACCUGGAGGAUGUGUGUUGAUAGCCGGGCAAUCAACAAAAUCACCAUCAAGUAUCGCUUUCCAAUCGCUAGGUUAGACGAUCUAUUUGAUCAAUUGCAUGGUGCUAAAAUCUUUUCCAAGAUUUAUUUGAAGAGUGGAUAUCACCAGAUUAGUAUGAGAGAAGGUGAUGAAUAG